CGCAGCUGGGAUGCCGCCUGGGACGCAGUGAAGGAUUCUGUGGGAGAACAGAAAAGAAAACAGAGCGCAUCCAAGAGCAUCGCCACCGGCAGUCUUUGGGCAUCAGAGCUCCGACUUUUGGACACAACUUUUGAGUAAAAUAGUCAUCCAAGCUGUCAACCAGAAACAGUGACAUGGAUUUACUGUCACCAAAUGUCAGCAUUGCUAGCUUUGAAGAAAUGAGCAUAUCAGAAAAGGCAGACUGCAAGGAGAAACUAUCAUGGUCUGAUGGUCAGAGCUGUGGUUACCCGGACUGCAUCUACUUUGCUGCAGCUGGUAUUUUUCAGAAUAUUCAUGUGGAAAAGCCUCUUGAUCGUAAAUUAGUGAGUUAUGGCACUGUCAGAAAGGAGCCGGUGAUGGAAAUAAAAGAUGAGACGUCCAAGCAUCUGUCAUUUGAACUAGCAUUCAGUGCCUUGAAGUAUCAGGAUUUAUUGGAAGAUCUGCUGGUUGACAGCUAUUUCUACUCUUCUCAAACAAUUCCUGAUGACCUUAACAGCUUAGUUGUGGUGAUGUUGUAUGACUUCCAAGACCGAAACUUUCAACCCAGGGUGUGCUGUUCUGAUGAGGAGAUUGAAGAUGUAAGACAAGUGGAAAAAUAUCUGUUCAGUUAUAAAACAAAACUGGCUGCUUCCCUGGCUCGCUGUCGUAUUAAGCAUGACAUUCCUUCUAUUGAUUUUAUUUUGCCUGAAACUGUAAGGAAAAAGCAAGAGAAUGCCUCAACUCUUCCCCUUUAUGCGUGGGUGAAUACUUUCAAAGCAAGCCUUGAAGAUGUUUGCUGUUCCUUAGAGAAAGAUGGAUUUUCAAAAGUGAAAUCAAUCACUGAAUUUGAGGGAUUAACUUUCUGCCAGGACUUGCACUGUGAGGAUUUGUUGAUUUUCCCUGCUCACCUAAAAUAUGACCUUUGCGGGAUGGAGGUUUUUAAAGACAAUAAGCUAGUUAUUCAGGAUAAAUCUCGUAGUUUGGCUGUGCAUGCUGUGAAGACCUUGGUGAACCCAGAUGAUGAUAUCCUCAUCGUGAAUGCAGCGUCGGGUUUGACAGUCACUCACCUGUCUGCAGUGCUUAAUCUUGGAACGGGCAAAUUAUUUGCAUGUGGUGUAAAAUCAGAAUUGGAUCAGGAGCAACUACAAAAUCUGUUCAUGCAACUAGAGUGUAAAAAUAUAAAGCUGCUGCCAGAGAAUUUCAAAGACAUUGAACCAACAGAUUCAAGGCUACAGAAGGUUAAAAUUAUCUUGCUUUUGCCUCAGUGCUCAGAAUCUGGAGUUAGCAACCCAGUUGAGUUUAUCCUAAAUGAAAAAGGAGAUCCUGGACUUCUCCAAGACCUUUCCCAAGGAUCAAUAUCAGAAGAUAAAAUGAAUGUCCUUGUUGAGAGCCAAACACAGGAUUUGACACAUGCACUAAAAUUUCCUAAAGUGCAAGCUGUCGUCUACAGCACAUGUUCAGUUUACCCAGAAGAGAAUGAAGAGCUUGUGAUGAAAAUAUUGCAGGACCAACCUGACGGGAAUAAACUACAGCCUUACAGGAUCAGCCCACCAUCACUCCCUCUGCCCUGUGCCUCUGAUCUAAACAGCCCCCCGCAAUCUUUUUUUUCAAAAUGGAUCCAUCUGAGAUUGCCAAUGCCUGCUUUGUGGCUGUUUUAACACGAGCAGAAGAUCUUUCAGUUACUGCUCCUAAACACAUUAUAGCUCGGGCGAUGGCAAAAGGAAUUUUAGAUGGUAUCAGCCCUCCAAAAUCACCAAAGAAAGACAGAAGAAAAUCGAAGUCAACAGUACGGUUAAACUUCUCCA